GUCGUUAUCUUGACGCUGCUGUAGGUCAAGGUCACUCCGUCACACGUGAUAACAACGCACCCUGCUGGGUGCGCUUCCAGUCCGAGUCUACAAUGUUGGCGGGAAGCACGUCUGGUGGUUCCUUCUUGAGAGUGGUUUUAAGAGUUGUGAUUCUCGGUUUAGUGCUUGGCGAAAGUUUGGCCGGUGAAGUGUAUCGGGACGAGCAAUGUGCCGUGUUGGAUGCGGGAUUCGAUCCGAGGAUUGGUCAUGGCGAAGAAGCUGAUAAGUCUGAUUGGCCAUGGCAUGGGGCGUUGUUUUUCGGGAGACUGUACAAAUGUGGCUGUACGCUGGUCAACGAGUGGUUCGUGUUGACGGCGGCUCAUUGCUGCUUCAAUCCGGACACCGGGUACGGCUUCAGUGUGGCGUUGCUACGAGUGAAGUUGGGUGUGUUUGAUCUGAGUCAGCAUCACGUUGAUCAGCGCACGGCCUGGGAGUACGAAGUGGAUUCGGUGAAGGUCCAUCCGGAGUUUACCACGGGCGGUCACCGGCAUGAUCUUGCACUGAUGCUGCUGAAGAAGAGCGUCGAGCAGAAUCAGUUUGUGCGUCCGAUUGCUUUGGAUGUUGGAGAUAGCUCGUGGAUCGAGCUAUCGGCGGGUACUUCAGGGACGGUUGUCGGCUGGGGACUUACUGAGAGUGAUACGCUUUCCAACGAACUACGGCUAGCGCUGAUGCCCAUCGUUCGCUACGUGGACUGUGCCAUGAGCAAUCCGGCCGUGUUCGGCCAGCUGAUCCACACGGGAAUGUUCUGCGCUGGAGCGAAGAACGGUUCUUCCGUUUGUAAUGGUGACAGUGGUGGUGGGAUGUACGUGUCGUCCAGGGAUAACCAGUGGAAGCUGCGAGGAGUAGUCUCGUUUGGAGCGACGCGUGACGGAACAAAUCUCUGUGAUUUGUACAGCUUUGCGGUGUUUGUGAAUGUUCCACACUAUAAAGAGUGGAUCCAACAGGAGUUGGACUCUUUUGAUAGGCAAGUUCGGGUACCACGCAUCAUGAAUCCUGACGCCAGUACUGGUACGAGCACCACAACAUCAACCACAACUACAAGUACCACGACGUGGUCCCCCCCAACGAACACCGCACUUAACCCAACUCCUCCGGAGUGCUUCCAGCAGUUCAAAAGUGUAUUCAUUGCGGAACGCAACUCCAGCAUUUCACUGGUGUGUAAUUACGAGCCAAACAGCACAAUCCGGUCAAUCCGGUGGACGCGUGAAAUCGGGGAAUACCGCCAACAGGUGGAACUCUCAUCGGAUCUAACCUACGGAGAGUCCGUACGUAAUGACAUUCUCACGUUGCUUCACCUGGAAGCGGACCACUCGGGACGGUACAGUUGCGCUGUGGAGUACGGUGAUCGAACAACCGUUCGGGAUAACCGAACCGUGUCCGUGAUUGGAGUGAUUCCCCGGUUUGAUCGGGGAGCUUACAUGGCGCUUCCGAUUAGGAUUCGUGGGGAUUACUUCAACUUGAAGUUGAGUUUCCACGUUGAGAAGCUCAGUGGGACGUUGUUUCACGCGGAGGACGGCUGCGGUAAGGAGUUGGUUAGCGUUGUGUUGAAUAAUGGAAAAGUCGAGUUUCAGUAUUGGACGGAGCGCAAUACUACGAGGAAGAUUACCAGCUUGGAGAAUGGGGUUCAGCUGGGGCAGUGGCACAAGCUUGAAAUCAAAAUACUUCACGGAAAAGGGUUAUUCCUGUUGGACAAACGACUGCAGGAGUUGUUCCACGCGGAUAUCGCUUCUGAAAGUUGUUAUGUUGGUCAGGACUUUGUCUACCUUGGAGGUUAUGAAAAUUCCGUCGAAAGUGGACUUGUUGGAUGCAUUAGUGGUUUGGUGUUGAACGACGAGCAGAUUGAUUUGUGGAAUAGUUCUACUCGAGCCGGGAAUGUAACUCAGUGUUUACCUUGCUUCGAGAAUCCAUGCCAAAAUGGGGGCGUCUGUGUGGAAUCACUUGGGUCGGAUCCGGUUCAGUGUUUUUGUGAAGAAGGAUUCGUAGGAAGGAGAUGUUCUAACCGAGGGACUGGAUGUAGUUCGAAUCCAUGUCGAGAUGGGAUUUGCAAGGACCAUGAAGAAGGAUUUCGUUGCAUGUGUCCAAACGAUAAAACUGGGAGAUUCUGUGAGCGACCAAACGUUCUAUCUGGUGAAUCGUUACGAUUUGACUCGUACGGUUAUGCACUUUACAGAAUCACCAGUGCAACCAAUCUUCAGAUACGAUUCCAAGUGAAAAUCAGCGUAGAGCAACGUAGCUUGGUUGCCUUCCUCUCGGAGGACAACUAUGAUGCCAACAAUGGUAUUGCUCUACUUUUGGCAGACAAUAAGCUGCAGCUGCAAAUUUUCCAAGAUAUGGAAGUCAAACCGUUGGUUCUUCAAUCAUCAGUUGCUCUAAAGUUGGACAACUGGUACUCCGUGUUGAUCGAACUUCAGGGAAAAGAAGUCUACUUCCAAGUCGAUUACGAAUCCGCUCUGAUUACAAAUGUGUCGUCCAGAUCGGACGAAAGGGAUCGCAACUUGCAUCUUGGAGGUCUGGAUGAACACAUCAAUAGCUAUCGAUUCAAUGGAUCGAGGAUAGGAUUCAGCGGAUGCAUUGGAGAGCUGACAAUCUCAAACGUCCCACUGAACAUGUCCACGAGCUUCAGCAACGCCAAAAACGUCGAAAAUUGCCACUAACUGCGCCCAAACUGCGAUCGCGACAGCAAUAAAAAUUAAACUGUAAUUAAAAUUAUGACUCCCUGUAACACGUCCCCCCAUCUUCCCCGUUGAUUGUGUCGAAACUUGUCCGAAAGUUCUACCCGGAACAACCGUACAGACCCGCGAACCGUGAAUUAUUCCACCACAUAAUUUCCCAUUAAAAAAGGGCUUGGCGGUUGGUGGCACCAUCUGGCCGCCACGUCGUCCUUGGAAUGAUGUGUAAAGUCCUCCCAGGGCUUUUUUUCCCCCUCCCCGGACCGGAAGUUUGGCAGCAGCUGCAAUCUCGAGUGGCCUCCGGAACUCUGUGAACCAACCAGCCGCUCCGGUU